CUACAGAUCGUUGGUUCGUUGCACGCACACUUAGCCGAACUUCUGGGUACUCUGAUACUUUGAAGUGGCAACCUCAUCAGCUGACUUACAACUGAACGUCAGGAGUCUUGAUAAGGCCACGACAGACAUACGACAGAUGAAUUGGAGCGAGCAGGAGGCUUCUAUGUGCAGUGCCCUUGACCGCGUUGGCGUCUGAGCGCUCAAUAUGGCUUCUUUUUGGACAGUGGCCUUUAUGAAAAAAAGUGUACCGGUCCUCGUGCUGCUCUCUGCUUCAUGGGUGUCUGCGCAAGACAACACAACCUGUGGCCGGCAGACUGCCAUACUUGAACCAGAAACCCGUAUCAUUGGAGGGAAGAAUGCCCAGGAGGGAGAGUGGCCAUGGCAGGCUGGCAUGCUGUUCCACGGAACCUUUCAAUGUGGAGGCUCUCUGAUUGCUCCUCAGUGGAUCCUUACUGCAGCACACUGUGUUUCGACCGCCACAGCGCAUCCUGAAUGGUUCGAAUUCAGAAUGGGAGUCACCAAGUUAGCCAGCCCAUCAGAAAACAUGCAACAACGUAGGGCAGUGGCCAUGUACAUACACCCUGAGUAUGACAUCAACCUACCGGUAGUGAAAUAUCGACCAGCCUAUGAUAUUGCACUUUUCAAACUGGAGACCCCCUUUAAUAUCACUGACUAUGUCAGAACCGUGUGCUUGCCCCAGAAAGACAUGAUCGAUUUUCCAGACAGUACGGAAGUCACAAUAACUGGAUGGGGAAUGAUGAAUCUGAUUGGUCCCUCUGGGGAUGAUCUCCAGGAAGUGGAGUUGUUUUUAGUAAACCAGACAACCUGCGUCUCACAGUGGCUGGAAUACGGCCAACCUAACCUUGUAGUGACAGAUGACAUGAUUUGUGUGGGACUGCCUGGUGUGGAUAUUGGGGAAAGUGCUUGUUAUGGGGACAGCGGAGGGCCAUUGGUUCUUCAGACAGGCGAGCAGUGGACACUACUUGGAGUAACUAAUUAUGGGGAACCAACCUGCACAACCGAGUACCGUCCAAAUGUUUACGCCAGAGUCACCUCUUACUUAGAUUGGAUCCAGCCUAUUUUUGAAGACGGAGAACCUGAUAGCUUACCUGUAUACCAGUUUUGUCCAGGCAACAAAUAUCGGUGUGAACGUGGAGCCUGCCUUGAGCGAGAGGUCAAAUGUGAUGGCCGAUAUGAUUGUGCUUCCGCAAGUGACGAGAGGAAUUGUGGGGGUAUAAUGAUCUUCUUCGACAGCUUCAAAGAUAUUCGCCUGAAUGACACAUCCAUCCGGGAAAGUGUAUCCGCAAUGUCACCUGAGGAGUGUGCACGCAUCUGUCUUAAUAAGGAAGAGUUCCGUUGCAUUGCAUUCGAUUUUAGCAUGCAAGGAAUGAUGUGCCUGAUUGCCGGGGAUGGCUACUCUGUGGUGCCAGAUCAGAGUGGACAGCAAACACACCACAGAUUGGACCCAAGUGCUAAGGGUGGUAGUUUUGAAGAAAGUAAACAUGCCGGAUUUCUGACGACACCGUUGAAAUUUAACGACGAAUAUGAGGGUCCAGACAGCGGUAUAUUCCCACGUUUUGUUUCACCAUCUGGAGGGGCAAACAUGAUCACCUUCACCUUUGCUGGCGUAGUGACGGAUGAGGAUGAGAGUGCAGGGAACUUGUGCCAAAAUUUUGUUGUUCUCAAUGGGACGGAGACAGAUGGCGUCCCAGCUACCCAGAAACAAAUCUGCUUGUAUGCCUUAAAGGAGAAUGGCACGGUAGAAAUCAAAGGCUGGUCAUUCAACAUGGAAUUCCACUCUGCCAAUGUCUCAACAAAUCAGUUUGUGGCUGCCUACAAAGCAGAAUGGAAGUGUGAUGAAAAGAUCAUGAUUGGCGGUGACACUGUCGGAUCCGUGACAUCCCCGCUGUAUCCAAAUGCGUAUCCGUUAUUUGUGGAUUGUCGCACCGUACUGAUGGCUCCAGAAGGUGCCCAAGUGAUUCUGGAGUUGAUCCACUUUGACUUGAAUAUAUGUUUGAGUCAAGACAGCAUAACUGUGUUUGAUGGAACCAAUGAGUCUGCUCCAGUUUUAGCAAGCUGCAACUUUGACCCACCCGAAAUGCUGUCCAGCUCCAAGGGAUUUCUGCUGAUUAUAUUCAGGUCGGAUGGCUACACCACACCCUCAUCCAACCCAGGUUUUAAACUCACUUACAGCACCGAGCCUAACCGAGCGUGGAACUGUAGUGACACACUCGUGCUUGAUGAAGGUGACACGGGGUACAUUACGUCUCCAUUGUACCCAGACGUCUAUCCAAUGUUUCUGGUUUGCCACACCCUUCUAAUGGCCCCUGAAGGUGCCCAGGUGAUUCUAGAGUUGGUCUACUUUGACUUAAAUAUAUGCUUGAGUGGAGAUUACAUCGCUGUUUACGACGGACCAAACCCAUCACCCAAGCCUCUCAUCAGCUGCUCCAGUGAUGUUUCCGAGCCACCCCAAAAGCUGAUCAGCUCCAAAGGGGCACUGCUGAUAGUGUUCCAUACAGAUGGCAAAGUCGUACCUUCUGUCAAACCAGGGUUUAAUGUGACAUACUACACGAAGUCCAGUCAAGAAAUAUGUGGCUUGCAAACUGCCCCAUUGGAUGGAGAGAUGCAAAUUGUCGGCGGUAAGCCAGCACAAGAGGGUGAGUGGCCAUGGCAGGCUGCGAUGUUUUUCAGAGGCAUUUGGAUAUGUGGAGGCUCUCUCAUCCAUCCCCAGUGGAUUCUCACUUCAGCCACUUGCCUGGGAAGUGCUAUCAAAUACCCAGAGUUGUACCACUUCAGCAUGGGAAGCAACAGCCUCAAAGACCCCUCAGAAAGCAUGCAGAUGCGGAGGGCUGCAGAAGUGUACAUGCACCCUGACCACAAAAUUGUCAGCUUUGAUUACAAGUAUGACAUCGCCUUAAUCAAGCUGGAAUCCCCCUUCAAUAUCACACAGUUUGUCCGGACCGUGUGCCUGCCGAGAGACUCGGCACUAGAGCUCCCCAACAACACUGGUGUGACUGUCACAGGUUGGGGGAGGUACCAACCAUUUGGGGAAUUUAGUGACUACCUGCUUGAAGUGGAGAUGCGCACUGUGAACCAGGACUACUGUGCUUCAAAGUGGGCCGAACUGGGCUAUGAAAUCACUGACACUGUUAUGUGUGUGUUUGGCCCUCCCUUCAACCUACAGGGUGCAUGUGAGCAUGACAAUGGAGGGCCAGUGGUGGUGCAGAAUUUACUGGGAUGGACUGUGGUCGGAGUGAUCGGCAGCGAUUGGAUGAGCUGUUAUCCCUCAGGGUAUCCUGAGGUGCACACUAGAGUCAGCCCAUUUCUGGACUGGAUACAGCCGGCGUUGGAAGGGGAGGAACCGCCAAGACAGACAAGCAACUGCUCUGGCGAUGAGUAUUUGUGUAGGUUAGGAGGCUGUAUCAAUCGUUACCGAAAGUGCAACGGUUUCUUUGAGUGUUCCAGCGGAAGCGAUGAGGAAUAUUGUGAUUCACUUUUCCUGGUCUUUGACGCGUUCUAUGAUGUCCGCCUGGACAACUCAUCUGUUCAAGAGACAGUGAGUGUGAAAUCCUUGGAGGAGUGCCCCAAGAUGUGUCUGAAUCAGAAAGAGUUUGCCUGCCACGCCUUUGACAUCAUUGCCACCAAAGCCGAGAUACAGUGCGCCAUGGCUGGGAAGGGUUUUUCUGUGGUGCCGUCUAUGGGGAUGAGAUUGGCAAAACCAAGAGAGGCUGAUAGUGAAGUGGUGCACUUUGAGUUGGAUCCGUUUGUUGUGUACAGUAGUGACGAUGUAAACUUCAAUACUACAGUUGGCGCAUACCGUGGGACCCUUGUUUCACCGAGCAAAUUCUCCAGCGGUAAUUACACUGGCCCAACAAGUGGCAUCUUCUCCGUGCUUGUCGAGCCUUAUGGAAAGGUCAACAUGCUCACUAUCAUCAUGGCUGGGAUCGUCACCGAUGAAGAUGAGGGCAUGACAGACUGCCUCAAUUUUGUCACUGCCAAUGGAAUGGAGGGUGAAGGGGUGUCGGCCUCUGCUGUCCGCUUUUGCCUGUAUGAAUUACAGAAGGGGAACAUUAGCAUCGAGGUCAAAGGGUCAUCCUUCAUGUUGGAAUUCCAUUCUGACAAUGUCCUGAUGAACCAGUUUAUAGGCACUUUCGAAGCAGAGUGGACUUGUGAUGACAAAAUCAUGGUCGGUGAAAAUGACACCGGGUACAUCACCUCUCCACUGUACCCGGCCGGCUAUCCGAAGUUCCUGAACUGUCACAUCCUACUGAUGGCCCCUGAAGGUGCCCAAGUGGCCGUCAGGGUUAUCUACUAUGACUUGACUAUUUGCUCGAGUGGCGACUACAGUGCUGCUUAUGAUGGCACCACAAGCAACUCGUCCAAACUGUUGUCCAGCUGCUCUUCAGAUAAUCCACCUGAAGUGCUAAUUAGUACCGAGGGGGCAAUGCUCAUUCUUUUCAAAUCAGAUGGCCAAGACAUCUUUUCUCAGAAGCCGGGAUUCAAUCUCACCUACUACUCAGGAUCCAGGAACAGGGGAUGCUCUGACAGUUACUAUAUGUGCAAAUCGGGAGAUUGUGUCCCGCGUGAGUACAAAUGCAAUGGUAUCAAAGACUGCACCUCCGGAAGCGAUGAGGAAUAUUGUGAUGAACUGGAGUUGGUCUUUGAUGCUUUCUAUAACAUCCGCCUGGACAGCUCGUCCAUUCAGGACACAGUCAGUGUGGACUCUUCGAAGGAGUGCACUGAAGUGUGCCUGAAUCAAGCCAACUUUGCUUGCUUUGCCUUCGACAUCAUCACCACGGCAACAGAGAUGCAGUGUGCUAUGGCCAAAAAGGGGUUUUCAGUGGUGCCGUCCGGGGAGAGUAAAUCAAGGACACGUAGAGAAAGUUCCAGUACUGUGGUUCACUUUGAGUUGGCCCCCGAUGCUUCUGGUGGAGAUUCGCCCUUCAACUCGACUUCCGAUGCCUACCGGGGUGUGAUCAAAUCGCCAGCCAAAUUCUCUAGUGGUGACUACAAUGGCCCAGUGAGCGGUGUUUUUUCUGUGUUUGUCAAGCCGUAUGGAAAGGUCAACAUGCUCACUAUCACCAUGGCUGGGGUCAUCACCGAUGAAGACGAGGGCGUGACAGAUUGCCGCAAUUUUGUCACUGCCGAUGGAAUGAAGUCUGAGGGGAAGUCAGCCCCUUCUGUUCGCUUUUGCCUGUAUGAAUUGCUGCAGAGAAACGACAACAUCGAGGUCAAAGGGUCGUCCUUCAUUUUAAAAUUCCAUUCUGUCAAUGUCCUGAUGAACCAGUUUGUUGGCACGUACAAAGCAGAGUGGAGAUGCGAUGACACAAUCGUGGUUGAUAAGGAUAACACCGGAUAUGUUACCUCACCACUGUACCCAGCCGCCUAUCCAAUGUUCCUGAACUGUCACACCCUCCUGAAGGCUCCAGAAGGUGCCCAAGUGUUCCUGAAGUCGAUCCACUUUGACUGGACUAUUUGCUCAAGCGGAGACGAUGUCGCCGUUUAUGACGGAACCAUGAGUGACCCAUCCAUGCUGCUGACAAACUGCUCUACCACAGAACACCCCCCCGUGUUAUCCAGCACCAGGGGGGCUCUGUUGAUAGUCUUCACUUCGGAUGGCCAGAAUUCAUCCUCCAAUCAGCCCGGAUUUAAGUUCUCUUACCACUCACAUCCUGUCAUGAUGACAACACCAUGUCCAAUGAUAAGUCACGAUCCCAAGCCAUGCGAUCCAGACAGAGAGAAGGAGUUUGAGCGUCAGGCAGCAGUCUUCAGAGACGCACUGAUCGGUGUGUCUGUCGGUGGUGGCAUCUUGAUCAUCUUGCUGAUAUUUUACGCAAUCUACCUGCUGGAGUGGAAAGCUCAUCUGAAUAAGCAGGUGGCAGUCUUGGAAAUGAGGGAAAAAGGAGCAAAAGCUACGGUUGAGAAUACCUACGAAAUGCUUGAUGAUUUUGGUUCACGGCGCAACUCCAAAGAUGCUUUUGAUUCAUUGUAGGUAGUUGGAAAAAAAAGUCACCAAGGAUUUCAAAUAAAUGUCUGUCAUUCGGGUUAAAGAAACUAGUUAUAGCGUGCAUAGAAUUUGCGUAGCUUGUUUUGAUUGGUAAAGAAAAUAGGCAGCAUGUGAGUAUAGUGUUUAUUAGUAUUACUGUGCACCUAAGAGGCCAUAGAGUAACACAAGACUACAUUUUUAAUUAUAUUGAUUUAACAAAACUUUAAAUUCAAUUUAACAGAAAGUUACGUGUAAGUACAUUUCCUCAUUUUUUAGAGAUUUUAGUAAGCAUGUACCUCCGUCUAGUAAGAUAAUCUUAAGGGACUGGAAAAACAGUCCUGUACACCAAAUUUACAGAAUGACUUUUGUCAGUGUGAAAAACUAAAUGGGCAAAGUGUCAGCAGUGCUUUUGUAGCAUUCUUUUCAUGUUAGCAAGUCCAUUUUAUAUAUUUUUCAGAAUAAUUGUACUUAAGCAAAAGUUUUUAAUCACUAUUGUGUUUCAUUUGUAAAAAACAAGUUGAAAUUGAUAAAAUGUUUCACAUUCCUGCAGCAGUCUUAAUUGACUGUUCUAUUCCAUUAUUUUUUUUGUGCUGAUGCAGGGACAGCUCCAGAACCAAAUUUUUGAGGGAUGGGGAGAGCUUGUUUCGGGGGGCCAGAAAUUUCAGAAAUCUUUUCAAGUAUCACUUUGUAUGGCUGUUCUGUGGGGUAAGGCAACAUUUCGGGGCUUUUUUACCCGUUUUGUGAAGGACGGAAAUGGAAAUAGACCAAAUAAUUUGACUUUUAAUUCUGUUUUUUUUUUUUAGGGGGCUCCUUUUGGCAGCUUGGGGGCAUGGCCUUUUUUAACUCUCCUGCAUUAGUUCUGCCUUUGUGCUUUUACAUCAAACUGUCUUAUUCAGUGUUAGGUCUGGUGAUGAUAUUGUAUACUCUGCAGUCUCACUGUAUUCCACUGGUAACUUGCAGUGACUUUUUCUGAUUAUAAAAUAUAUAAAUAAGUAUGCAUGUUCAUGUUCUCUGCCUGGCCACUACAGUACUAGUAAUUUUCCUUUUCUGAAAUUCAAAGUUAUCGUACUUAAAGGAUGUUACAUUUUAUGUAGUGAUUUUCACAUUUCAAGUAGGUAUAGUCUAUACACACCUGAGUUAAUCCAUUUUAUACCUUACUUUGCAAAUAAAGUUUUCUGUAGCAGAUAUGUA